AUCAGAGUAGUCAACGGCGGCCAAUAGCGGCGCUAUUCCACUUUAGCGAAGCGUAGGCCGACCGCAAUGGGAAGAGUCUUAGUGGUGCAGAACACUACAACGGCCGCUUUAGGGUAUAUAGCGGAUAGCGGGAACAAGGUAUUUUCUGGCCCGGAGCGGUUUCUAUCCUGUUAUCCUUUUCUCUGAAAAAUCAAAAUUACCCCUUAAUUUUAAAACGUUUUAAGGGUAAUUUUGAGUUUUUCAAUCAAAUUUGAGUAGACUCAACUCUAACCUUCAUUCACCUGCAUUCCAGCCAUUCCAAAAAAAAAUCUCUGCACUUCAUAUGUCUAUUAUUAUUAUUAUAAUUAUUAUUAUUAUUAUUAUUAUUAUUAUUAUUAUUAUUAUUAUUAUUAUUAUUAUUAUUAUUAUUAUUAUUAUUAUUAUUAUUAUUCAGGUAAUUUGUCUAAAAGGUGAUCAAAUAGCGACCAUUCUUUUAUACGUUAUCCCAUUUUUGGAGUCGGCCACAACACUCUGCUAUCUGGAAUUGGCUACUUUAAACCGACCUGUCAAUACUAACCAUAACCAAAUCUCACAUGGAAUCAAGUUAAUCACUGAGAAAAUUGUCAAACAAUGUAAGGUCGACAUGAAAUACCAAGAAUAAUAAAUACCAAGAAUAAUUGUUGACUAAUUUACCAGCUAGUGUGUGAGAUCCGAAGAUAGUGCACAAGUAACAAGAAGCCAGUCAUAAAUGAGAAGAAUUUGUAACAUGCAAGUGCUACAAUAUGUCAUUUAAUAUAGCCAAAUUAUUAGCCAUUACAUUCCUUCAACACCCAUUCCGGCGCUUCACAAUGACCAAUGUGCAUGCUUAUUAUGAAAUGCAUAGAACGUGGAAUUAUUUUAACCUUUCUUGGAUCUACACAUCUGAAAAGUUCCCUUACUAUAGCAACCUUAAAUUACACAAACUUUUUUGUACAUUUUAAUCUAUCUCUUCUUUGUUUCUUUCUCUUAAGCCAUUGAGAAUAAAAAACAUGGGGAAUGAAACUCAUGACCAACAAUACUCAAAAAAGCUUCCAUCUUAUAAUCAACAGAGUCAUUCUCAAACACAGAAGCAGAAGCUGAAUUCUUUUAUGCUAAUCCUAUUUACCAACCUUGUAACCAUUUACAUUUUCAUUGGUCCAUUUAGUUUCAUGUACAAGUACUCCUCUAUGAGUACAAGUGACUCAAACUCCAUCUUGCAGGAACUCAACUCCACCAAAGCUCAACUAGCUGCAAGCCACACAAUCUUAUCUGAGCUGCAUCAGAGACUCAACUCAACUAACUUACUUGUCCAGGCUCUGCUUAUUGAUCUUACCCGCGAACAAGAAAAACAAUCCAACCGUGUAGAGGAGAAUCCUUCGGCUGUGAACCUCGGAAGCGAUGAUUCCACUAUAUCUGACGAGUUUAAUAUUGCACUUGGCCCUCACAAGCUCCCUUUCGGGUACUCACCAAAGAUCGGUUCAGGUGAAAUUCACAUGCCUAUUGGUGAAGCCUGCUCGAGGCACCAUGACGAGUUAAAGCAAUAUAUGACAUAUGAUAUUGGAGGAGAAUGUCCUGGAGAUGAUGUACUUGCACAAGGACUCUUGCUCAAAGGGUGCGAACCAUUACCUCGUCGGAGAUGCCACGCGAAGUCUCCUAUAAACUAUGUAGAGCCAACGCCUCUGCCGGAUAGUCUUUGGAGGAUUCCACCAGACACAAGCAUUACCUGGGAGUCCUAUAGUUGUAAAAGCUACCGAUGUCUUGUUGAUAGAAAGAAUGAGCCAGGUUCUUAUGACUGCAAAGGUUGCUUUGACUUAGAGAAAGAAGAGAAGAUUAAAUGGAUCUUUGAUGAUGGUGGACUUGAUUUUGGAAUUGACCAAGUUCUUGCAACAAAAACGGCUGGAACAAUUCGUAUUGGGCUUGACAUAGGUGGUGGAACCGGAACAUUUGCAGCUAGAAUGAAGGAGCGAAACGUGACGAUCAUUACAACUACACUGAAUUUGGAUGGUCCAUUCAACAACAUGGUUGCAUCAAGAGGUUUAAUACCAAUGUAUAUUACCGUUUCUCAAAGGCUUCCGUUCUUCGAAAACACACUGGAUAUUGUGCACUCUAUGGAUGUCAUUGGCAAUUGGAUGCCAGACACCAUGCUUGAGUUUUUUUUGUAUGAUAUAUACAGGGUGCUGAGGCCAGGAGGUCUAUUCUGGCUUGACCAUUUCUUCUGCUUCGGUUCACAGUUCAACCAAACUUACGUGCCAAUGUUCGAUCAGGUUGGAUUCAAUAAACUGCGAUGGCAUGUUGAAGUGAAACUUGAUCCCGGGGUUCGAAAGAAUGUAUGGUACAUUUCAGCUCUAAUGGAAAAACCAAUGCUUUGAGAUAGGCAUAUGAAUGUAUUAUGUAUAUGCUAUAUUUAAUCCACAGAGUUUUUUUCCGUUUUAAAAGUGAUUAUGCAAGAAAAAAAUGCAAAGAGGAAAA